CGCGUCACGGCACCAACAAGUCACCCUUAAGGGCAAAAUUCAAAACGCAUUCGGGCACCGACCCACCCAGCAGCAGCAGCUCGCAGGACACACGGUCAGACGCUCCAGUGCACGCGAGGCUACGACUGCUCGCUGUCACCGUCAUAUUAUCAUAUCUGGCGUAUGUAAUGGAUACCGACAACGAAGAAGUUGCAAUGAAAAAAUCCAGGAGACGCGACCGCCAAUCAGGUCCACUCACUUUACACGAUGUUGAAGCUUUGGAGAAUUCAGACUCUGACAUCGGCUUGUGUGGCUGGGUGUUGGUCGCGUUCUCCAUUCUGCUCAUGCUGCUUACUCUGCCCAUCUCCGUAUGGAUGUGCAUCAAGAUUGUGAAGGAGUAUGAGCGAGCCAUUAUCUUCCGCCUGGGGCGCAUUUUACGAGGAGGAGCCAAAGGUCCAGGGCUGUUCUUCAUCCUGCCGUGCACUGACAGCUUUAUCAAUGUGGACAUGCGCACCAUCACCUUUGACAUCCCCCCCCAGGAGGUUUUGACCAAAGACUCUGUGACGGUGAGUGUCGACGGCGUGGUGUACUACCGGGUCCAGAAUGCCACUCUGGCUGUGGCUAACAUCACUAACGCAGAUGCCGCCACCCGGCUGUUGGCCCAGACCACCCUGAGGAACGUCCUGGGCACAAAGAACCUGGCGGAGAUCCUUUCUGACCGUGAAGAAAUCGCACACAACAUGCAGGCCACGCUGGAUGACGCCACGGACGACUGGGGCAUCAAGGUGGAGCGGGUGGAGAUCAAAGACGUCAAGCUGCCCCUUCAGCUCCAGAGAGCCAUGGCCGCCGAGGCCGAGGCCAGCCGCGAGGCCAGAGCCAAGGUGAUCGCGGCAGAGGGAGAGAUGAACGCGUCGCGGGCGCUGAAGGAGGCCUCCCUGGUGAUCGCCGAGUCUCCGUCAGGCCUGCAGCUGCGCUACCUUCAGACCCUCAGCACCAUCGCCGCCGAGAAGAACUCCACCAUCAUUUUCCCGCUGCCGCUGGAGAUGAUGCAGGGCUUCAUCAAACGCUGAGGGGGUCGGGGGGUGGGGGAGUCUCAAAAUGCCAUUGUUCACCAUAGCGAUGUCAGUUUCGGUUAAUUUUGCUUUUGAUAGGCGGACACCCCUUGACCGGUCACUAACCGGUUAAUUUUUAAGAUAAAAAAGAUGUGAAUUACAAAAGGUGCGCUCCAUUUUACUCAAAGAGCUUUGGCGCCGCAUUUCAAAGCGCUACAUCCAAUUUUACAUCCAUUUUUAAUUGUUUUGUAUUUUUAACGUCUUGCCUUCUUAUUCUAUCUUCUGUUGGCUUUGCAGAAGUUGUAUUAUUAUUAUUAUUAUUAUUCAGGUCACAGAUCGUUAUCAGCCGAUACUCAUUUUCUACCGUUUGACCGGUGGUCUCUAUAAAAGCUAACCGGGCUAAUCUGUGCCAUUACUGAAUUUGAGCGUAAAAAGUCAUUUUUAACCUCGCCACCGAACAACUUGCAGGAUACUGUACUCGGCCUGUUCCUCUCCACGUUCGUCUGGAGAGAGAGAGAGAGAGAGAGAGAGAGAGAGAAAGAAAGAAAAACACUGACACUGGUUUAAAGAUCUGCUUUUGCUCUUUUGAGAGGUGGAUUUCCUUCUGUUCGCUGUAUCACAAUACUGACUUACACGAGAGGUUGGCAGUUCUUUGAAAAUUGGCAUAACACACACACACACACACACACACACACACACACACACUACAACUUUCCUCCAGUUGCCAAUACUUUUGUCACAUUAAGCUUGGCUGAGAGGUUGACAGUCAGGCUGGAUAUUACUUGUACAUGUUUACAGUAUUCUUUCUAUUCAUACAUAGUAUACGGUGUAUUUAUCUCAAACCGUUCUGCCAAAAGCCUUAACUUACUGCCAUCGACUCAUUUUACAACCAAAUAUCACGUUUCUAUGCACUAACUGAACGAACAACAAUAUUUAUUUAUUUUUAAGCAACAGUAUUUUAUCACAUGCUCUUUCUAGGUGUAAACAAGCCAAAUAGUUAGACCUCUUCGUAUUAAUCUUAUGUAGUUACAUUUGUCCUCCUUUUGACAAUACAUUAGUCUAAAUCUAGUGUGAGCCUGACUCAGUAGUGUUACUAUAUAUGUGUAUCUAUACAGUAUUUAAUAUAUAUAUAUAUAUAUAUAUAUAUAUAUAUAUAUAUAUAUAUUAUAUAUAUUUAAAAAAAAUGUAUGUGUUUUUAAAGUAGCACUGUAGGUGUAUUUCUUUAUAAAAUACCAAAGCUGUUACAUAAUUUUGCAACAGUAACUUCAGUUUAUUAGAUUUUUGCUCCAGCUUCAUAUCAAGGAAUGUGGGGUACAGAGUUUGGAGGAGACGGUGGAUCCAAACAUUCGGCCGCGCCGUGUUCCUCUUUCUCAGACGGCGUUCGUGUUGAAAGAAGAAACUUUCUUUCAGCUCCCUUCUCUUAAAGAGACCCUGCUCGUUGCAUUGUCGUAUGUUAUGUUUAUAUUAUACACAUCGGUAUUAUUAAAGUUUUCUUCAGAGUUCAUGGUUGCGUUGGUUUCUGCAGCUAAACCAAUUUAUUUUAUACAGUUUGCUAAUGUUUGAUUUAGUUUUAUCCUGACAUCGUGCAAUUUAAGACUUGGAAUAAAGACGCUGUCAAAAAUCA